AAGAUGGCGGCUCAGUCGUUCCUCUCCGAGUCUUUGCUCGGGUGGUCUAUUUUCACCUUUAUACUUUUGGUAAUCCUCGCUUUCUGUUGGGUCUACAUUCGGAAAUUUCAAAGUCGUCAGGAGAGUGAAGUCGUUUCAACCAUCACAGCAAUAUGUGCACUGGCCAUUGCUUUGAUAACCUCAGCACUUCUACCAGUGGAUAUAUUCCUUGUCUCAUUCAUGAAGUAUCCAAAUGGUACCUACAAGGAAUGGGCAGCAAACAAUGAGACAAGAGCACAAAUUGAAGACACAGUGUUGUAUGGAUAUUACACACUUUACUCCAUCAUACUGUUCUGUGUCUUCCUAUGGAUCCCCUUUGUUUAUUUCUACUAUGAAGAGAGGGAUGAUGACAACGGGAACAAAUGCUCGCAAGUGAAAAACGCUCUGAAGUACACAAUUGGAUUUGUCAUUGUCUGCGUGGUGCUCCUUUUAAUUGGAGCUUUUGUUCCACUUCAGACCCCCCCUGGUCAGAAUUCUACUCAAUGGGAGAAAGUACAAUACCUUUUUGAGGAGCUUGGAAGUAGCCAUGGUCUACCUGCUCUGUCUUUCUCCAUCAGCUCCUUGACCUUGAUUGGCAUGUUGGCAGUGAUCACUUACACGGCAUAUGGUAUGUCUGUGCUGCCUUUGAAUCUGAUAAAAGGCACACGGAGUGUGGUGUAUGAACGCCUGGAGAACACUGAGGACAUUGAUGAUGUUGAGCAUCAGAUAGAAAAACUGAAAUCCAAGUGUAAAGAUGGACGUCCCCUGUCUUCAAGGGACAGACACAACCUGCAGGAGCUAGAGGGCAAACUGCAGGUCCUCCAGCGCAGGGGGAGACACCUGGAAAUUGCAGAGAGGAACUGCUGCACUAAAGUGGGCAGUGCUCUCAGACCUUUCAAGGUGUUGUUGGGCAUUUUCUUUAUCCUGGUUGCACUGCUGUUCACUGUUGCCCUGUUCAUUUCAAAUUUGGAUAAAGCUCUCCACUCUGCUGGCAUCAGCUCUGGAUUCAUCAUCUUUGGCACCAACCUGACCAAUCCUUUGAAUGAACUUCUAUUAGCCUUACAACCUGUUUUUCCGCUGGAUUAUAUCCUGAUCACAGUCAUCACAAUGUACUUUGUACUCACAUCCAUGGCUGGUAUUCGCCACAUGGGUAUAUGGUUUUUCUGGAUAAGGCUGUACAAAAUCAGACCUAAAAGAACCCGUCCCCAGGCUCUUCUCUUUCUCUGUAUGAUCCUUCUCUUGAUUGUCCUUCAUACCAGCUAUAUGAUCUACAGCCUUGCGCCACAAUACGUCAUGUAUGGCAGCCAGAAAUAUCUUUCACAGAGUCAGAUGCCCUCAGCAGAUCCUACAUCUGGGAAUGCUACUUUUGGCAUCACGAAGAUCUGUGAUGCUGACGCACCUGAGGAUCAGUGCAUUGUGACAAGAUCAUACCUUUUCCUUCACAAGUUUUGGUUCUUCAGCACCAUUUACUACUUUGGUAACUGGGCCUUUAUUGGGGCUUUCCUCGUUGGUCUGGUGGUGUCCUGCUGCAGGGGGAAGAAGUCUGUGAUUGAAGGAGAGGUGGAGGCCGAUGACUCAGACAUAAGUGAUGAUGAAUAUGUGCACUGAAAAUCAGUAUUCACCCAAAGGGGGUUUGUAGAUAUUCCAACCAUAACUUAAAGGGACUAGAAAGUACAGUUUCUUAAACAAAAAAAAAAUGGAUGUCAUGAAUUUGUCAUAAUUUAAUGUAUUGGUUUUAAGGAGUUAUUGCAGUGGUGUCUUGUGGAUUUCAGCCUCGUUUUGAUUUGACAGGUCUCUCCCCUUGAUGAGAAUGCUCAGAUUGAUUGCUCUGUCUUUCUCCGUUAAUGCUAUUGACACAAAUUGGUCAUUUUUCUACUGGAGGACACACACUUAUUGCUGCAGCAGAGACAGAUUGACUCAUUGGCUGCUCCAAAACUUCAUGUCUAAGCUGUAUGCGGUGACAGACCUUAGACAUAAACUUUCUUUUUUACAUUCUUUAAGCACUUUCUAGACCAUUAAAAUGCUUACUGUAUAACAUUAUCUAUAGUUUGCUUUCAAAUACGUUUUAAUAUAAAAAUUCUCAAUGUGAUAGCAGUUGAUGUUAAAUAAAAGUGUCUGCUGGCUUGUUUUCUUAAAAGCUAACCAGCAAGACAAAAAGAUUCCUUAGUGUUGACAGCAUUAACAUUGUCUAAGUUUAUUUAACUAGUCAUUGCCUGAGGUUAAGUCUACUGUGAGUGGAUUUAUUGCUGUUUUUUUUCUUAUUUUAGUGGUUUGCAGUCUGUUUUUCAAAACCAUUUCAGUAUGUAAACCAAUGUUACUGAACUUACAUACACCUGUAUUGUGUGUAUGAAAUGUAAAGGACCAUUUGCAGAUUUUCAAGUGUUCAUUGACUCUUGGUUUUUAAUUAAAUGGGUUCAACAGCUUUUUGCUAUCUGUGUUGGAAGAACAUGUGAGGGAAAAAAUUGAAUUAAUCAAAAAAAAUUGAUGUAAUUUUCUUUUAAUUAAAGAGUACUUUGCAUUUCUUGACUUCAUCAACAGCAGGCUUGUGAUUAUUAAUAGCUUUUUUCAGCCAUAUUUAAUUUAUUUUUGGUACAUUUACUGUCAAAGUUAAUAUAAAAAUGUUGAUUCACAGACAAAUUAACUAAUUGACAGUCAAUAUGAAUAUGAAUGACACGUUUAAUUUGGAAGUCAAAUGUUAGUGCCUCAUGAAUGUAUUUUACUAUGAUGGGCACACAUCACUAUAUCCGCAACCCUAAAUUAACCUCACAGAAAAUAGUCUGAAUGGAUGAUGAUGAUGAUGAUGAUGAUGAUGACGAUGAUGACAGGAGCAUCACAUAUAGAUUUCAGCUGUGAUUGGUUAAAAAGGAUGCGGUUAUGGAUGUUGUGGUAAUAUUAAAUGAUACCUGUAUUUAAAGAAA